AUGGAUAGUCAAGAUCACAAGAUUUCCACUGGUUCUAAAGGGCAUGAGAUUCAUGGGUUUUACCUAUGCCAUAGAUGUGGUUGGCCUUUUCCAAAUCCACACCCAAGUGCCAGACACAGAAGAGCCCACAAGAGGGUUUGUGGAAAAGUUGAAGGCUAUAAGCUAAUUGAUUCAGAAGCUGAGGAUCCCCAUUUGGCUGUUUCAGAUGAGGAGCGUAGUUCAGAUGAGGAUCAUCAAACCCCCAGUACCAAGGCUGAGAAGCAAAAUAUCAAGGAGUUCAAUAGCAGUGGUGGAGCAGGUGAAAAAUCGAACAGAUCGGAAGAUGAAGUGUUUACAGAUGCAGUCGCGGAGUUUUCGGAUAGUGGAGUUAGUCCAGGUCUGGAGGAGCGUUUAGAGAGUGUUUCAGAUAAGAGUGUGGAAAAAGGAGUGGUGGAUGAUCUUAAUAGGAACCAACUAAUGAAGUCUGAUGAAACUGCCAAGACAACUGAACAACUGAAUGACCCCACAAGCAGCCAAUCCUGCAAACUGGAAUGUGCGGUGGACCAGUUGGAGGAAAGUAUUGUUCCACCAAGUGUUACUACAUCUGAAGCAGUUUCUGUUGGAUUCACUAAUGCUCUACAGUCUAGUCCUAUCAAAUCGAGUCAAACUGAUGUAAUAACUGGUAAUAUAAAUGAAGAUGGUGAUAGAAAAAUGCAGCAAGAGCCGGUGAGUGCUAAACAGCUUGUAGAUGCCAAAGGGGAAAAAGAUGAGGCAUAUCUGAAAAGCUUAGAGUCUGUGACCUUGGACUCUGCAGAAGAAAAAAAUUCAGAUCUUAAUGUGAAAAUAGUAGAUAGAGAGGAAAAACUUUGUGAUAAGUUGGAUUCUGAAGUGGUCAAACAUGAAGUUUAUCCUCAAAAUGAAACUACUGAAAAUGUGGAUGCUUUUGCUGAGGUCAAAAAGGAUGCUGAUUCUGCCACAGAUUUAAAUGGUGAAAGUGACCACAAGUUGAUUGAGGUAUGCAAGUCAGAGGUUGGGCAGGAACAGAUGCAUUUGCUCUCUGCAAAUUUACCAGGAGUAGAUAACCCUGAAGUCAUAAUUGAAGAUUUCAAAGAUCAUAAAUAUAUUCAGUCUAAGCUUCCUCUGGACCUGAACUCUGCUGAAAUAACAAGAUCCGUAGAAGCUGUUGAUGAAUGUACUAUUGCAGAGGAGUAUUCGAUUGCCCAUUCAGUUAAGCCAGGAGGAAGUAUGCCUAGCUCUUCUGUAGCUUCGAGUGGUUUCAGUGCUGUGGAAGAUAAUCUUAAAGCAGUUGCUGAUACUUCCACAUUGAGGGAAACAAGCGGAAGUGUUGAAACUUGUGGCUUAGAACUCCAUGAAGUUACCACCGGGGCAGAGGACCAUAAGAUUCAAACAAACUGCAGUACCCAAGAAUUGCAGUCUCAUUCUGUUGACUCGUCUCAGAAUGCUCUUUGUGAGAAUUCUCCAAUUAAUGGCUCUGAUAUCAUAUCUGUUAAUUCUUCUGCCGAUGAGGAAAUCAAGCAAGAAACCAACAUGCAUGGAGCAGGUGAGAAUGCUAGUAAUUGUGACAUGAGUAAGAGUGAGAAGGGUGUUAUAUUUGGAAAUGAAAGGAGUGAAGUGGACUCUGAGGACAUAUUACGUGUUUAUUCAAAAUCAACCUCCGAUAACGCAGAAAGGCCUUUUGCACCUAAUGAUGAUCAAACUACCAAGACUCUUGUAGAAGACAGCAACCAUUAUGAUGAAAAGUCUAGCAGUAUGCUUUUCAAUGCAGGGAAUGGAAGUGAGGAUGGUGGUGCCCAGGGUAAAUUAACGAAUAAUGAAGAAGCAAAGAAUGGUUAUUUUAUGCAGUCACUGGAUCCGGCUGAUUUUUCAACUUCAGACCGAAGUGCAGAAUGUCCAAUUUCUGAUGAGUUGGCAUUUCUUCCCAUAGAUUCUGAAUCUUUGAAACAAAAUUCUGCUGAGGAAAAUAGCUGUGCUGGUGAUGGUGUUAUAGAAUCAGAACCUAAGGAUGCAGUUGGAAUGGCAGGUCAGGAAUGUUUAAAUGAAACUUCUGCUGCUGUUGAGAACAGACGUACAAGUAACGAUGUUAGCACAUUAAAGUCUGUUGGCAUAGAUUCAGGUGUGAAACUGAUCCACGAUGGCGAUAUUGUAGCAUCCGACAAGCAUUCACCCAUCUCAUUUUCAAAAGAGCCAGGAGCUCCACCGUCAGAUUCUGAAGUUCUAAACAAAAAUAAACAAAAGUUCUGUUUUGAGCCUUCGCAAGAUGAAGCUGAUGACAAGCUCACAAAACAGAAAGAUGGGAAUUCUUCAGUGGUUAUAUCAGGUGCUUCAAGUAGUCCAACUGAGAGUCUCGAAGGGAACUGGGGAUCAGGAACUGCUGCUGAAACAAAUUCUCAUGCACCAGAAAAAUCAGAAGCUAAUUUUCAGAAGCAGGAGGCUAAAUCCACAGAAGGCCAUCAUCACAAGUCAGACGAUUUUGAGCCUCCAACCUUCAGGACAUUGGUCCAGUCUGCAGAUAAUAUUAACCAGAAAGGUUCUGCUUCAGAGAUCGAGAUAGCUCAGAAUGCACAACAGCUGAAAUCUGAAGCUCUUCCACAAGGCUGGUUCCCUUCCAUAACAAAUGUAGUGAAUGAAUCAGAAGGUCGAAAGAAAAACGAGGAGAUUAUUGCCAAAGUGACAAACUGGAGCUCAGAAAAGCAACACAAUCCACUGAAAAAUCUUCUGAGUGAAUCCAAGUCUCCUAACCCAAAACAAGUGCCUGCUGCAAAUCAGAAAGACGAGAGUGCCACGAAAGAUAAUGAUCAAGCAGCAACCACUGUGAAUUCGACUUUAGGUUCUGGAGCACCCAAUAAAGAAAUGGAUGAGUGGAACUCUCCAGCAAGGUAUCCGUCAGAGAUUAAGAAAGAGAAGAAGAAGGGCAAGCCGUAUUGGGUUCCAUUUGUAUGUUGUUCUUCUGUGCAUAGUGACAUGUAA